AUGGGCUCGUCUGCGACCGUCAUCGGAGGAGAGUACCUUGUCCUGGGCAAGAUUGGCGAAGGGUCGUUUGGAGAAGUCUUUCGAGCAAUCGAACUUGAAGAUCACAAUAUCACAGAAUUAUGGUUAUCGACUCAUAUUGCCACUGGUGUCGACUAUGCUAUCAAGCGAGAGCCCAUUAAUGUGGCACACCCCCAGCUCGAACACGAAGCCAAGAUCUAUGCCAAACUCGAAGGCGGAGUUGGCAUUGCGCGCGUCCACUGGUUUGGAAAAGAGGGGAUGUACAAUGCAAUGGUCGUCGAUCUUUUGGGACCCAACCUAAAGCAGGUUCGACGCGAAAACGAAAAGUUCCCUCUUAGCUUUGUUAUCGACCUUGGUGUUCAAAUCUUCAUCCAUAAGCGCGGAAUCGUGUACCGAGAUAUAAAGCCCGAGAACUUUCUCUUGGACGCCGAUAUUACUUUGCCGGAUCCGCCUCUGGGCAAGGCACAUACACCGCCCACAUAUCCGGACCAAACAAUGAGUUUCUUCAACGACACUCGUCAGCGCCAGCACAGUAUCGAGUCCAACAUGUCGACGUCUCCUGGGUCCCCUAUCAUCAACUACGACAAGCCACACCUCUCAAUUGUCGACUUUGGCCUCGCUGCCUUCUACCGCGAUGCUUCAGGGAAACACAUUCCCAACAGAGGCAGCACCCCUCACAAGGUUGGAACCGCUCGCUAUGCCAGCAUCAACAUCCAUUGCGGACGACAACAUACGCGUCGUGACGACAUCGAGUCGACGGGGUACAUGCUUAUGGAAUUCUUGAUCGGGGCUCUACCUUGGUCUGGCAUCAUGGCAAGGAACUCGAAGCAGGGAUGGUCCAAGAUGAAGGAAAUCAAAGAGGACAUCGAACUGGACGAGCUCUGUGAGGGCCUUCCCAAGGGAUUCAUGUCGUACAUUGGCUAUGCAAGGAGUUUGAAGUUCGAGGAGGAACCAGACUAUGAAUACCUCCGCAACAUCCUUCGAGGCUCAGCAGGCCGUGGCUCUGAGGCGCAUACAGUCCGUUGCCACCGUGAACCUGUCAUCCACAUGUCCAAGUCGCUCGAGCAAUGCUUCGAUGGUCUUCAAAUCCAUCGUGCACACGAACCCAUGCGAACCAAGGUGUCAUGCAAACCGGAGGACCCUUUGAAGGACUGGCGCAAUCGACCUCAGUACAUUCCUCCCCAACAAGACGAGUAUCCAGAUUACAACCCGAACUCGAUGUGGACAACAACACCUCCUGAUCUUAGCGGCAUGGCUGCGAUGGGGCCUCGGGAUAUCAAUCAGGAACUCAAGGACAAGAUCGAAUGGGGACCAGCUCCGGGAUCGCCUCAGGUACUUGGAUCGGAUACUCCGUUCGGGAUGUAUGGCGACUACCAGGAUGGCGCAGAUUAUGGCACGGCAAGACAGCGCAAACCUUCCUGGGGCGAUGAUGAUCCUUUGGCACGCUGGGGUCAAGAAAAUGAUGGCGAGUCCAACUCAAGCGGCGACAUCCUUCCCCCGUUCCACAUUGGUUCUUUCCAGGACGAGCUGACCCCUGUCCCUAGUAACGGAAAGUCAUCGAAUGUGCGUCCUAGCAUAUCGACUCAGUCUCAGACGCAACCCCUUGGCCGUCAUCAUCCUCCACAGGAUGCUCGGUUUUACUUGGACGAGCCACCAUUUGGAUUGCAGGCUCAGAAUGGUGCCAGGUCAGGACAUAAUCAACCCAGCGCCUCGCAACCUAUUCCUUCAGGCAACCGAAAAAAUUCUGGCCACCAGUACAUCAACACUUUCCCACCACACCCUAUGGUCAAUGACCCUACCUCAGGGUCGCCCAAGUCUCUUUCGUCAUCGUUGUCGUCCCUCAGCAUCCGCUCUGGGGCAGAGGAAGAGCCAGGCAUCGAACGAUCACAAGCCUCCGCCAACAGGGGACAUGCCCAGGAGCUUCACAGUUCCGAAAAGCCCGCCCCGCGCAAGCAUCAAGAAAGAGCCAUUGGCUCUAUGGAUCGCCAAGAGACUGGAUGGGUACCCUCACGAGCCUCCGGCGGUCAUGGCGGCGGUGAUUUUGGCUAUGGCUUUGGCCAGGGAGCACAGAACAAUGGCAAUAAUGGUCGGAAUGGGAGCGAGAACUGGCAGCAUCCACGCGACCAUGGUCGUCAGCAGGAUCGAUGGAGGUCUGAUCGUCGACAACAAGCUGGCUCGGUCGAACCUCCUGCACACUUCCCCGACUUUUACAACCAGCACCAACAGCAGCAACAGCAGCAAGGUCCUAAUAGCUUUGGAGGCAACCAGCGCAAUCACCAUCAUCACGCCCGCCAGCACUCUGCGCCAGGAAUGCGAGCCCAUUUCCAGGCAGCCUCGACUUCCAAACAAGGAAUCCACCACCCGGUGCACCCGCCUUAUCAAGGCUAUGGACAUGGACAUGGGUUUGGUCAAGUUUCGGGUCAGGGUCAGGCGCAGAACCAAGGGCAUAGCCAGGGCCAAGGCCAAGGCCAAGGUCAGGAUCGGAACUUUGGGCAAGGUAUCGGGCACAGCGACCGUCGACGCCGAUCGAGGUCGCGAAAGUGCUCCAAUGCGAGUCUUUCCAGCCUAAUUGACCAUCGCAACAACAACGGCAACAACAGUAACAACAGUAACAAGGUUGGCAACGGUAACGGUAACGGGAACGGUAAUGGCAACGCCAAUGCGAAUACGAACGCGAACUCUGGGAGAAUCAAACAAAAACAGUAG